CAUCUCCCUUUCUUCUUCAAGAAAGAUCUCUCUCAUUGCUCACUGCCAAGUUCCCUCCAUCGAUCAUCUCCCCGUCGCCGCUCACGAAACAACUCAUGGCUUCUUCCUCCAGCGCCCGAAGCAGCCGUGUGGCCACAUGCCUCGUGCUGCUUCUCCUGGUCGUCAGCCUCCGAGAAGCCUCGGCCGCGAGGCCGCUCCCGCCAGCCGUCGACAUGCCUAGCGAGGUGCUCAAGGACCAGGUGAUCGUCAACAAGUACGCGCCGCUUCUGCUCGCCAUGCUGCCGAGGGGCCCCGUGACGCCGUCCGGCCCCAGCGGCGGCACGAACGAGGCCGGGAACUGAUUGAGCAAGCGCAGUGUUUCCCCUAGGAUAAAUAGAUCCAUCGAUCUAAAGAAAUCGUUAGGCAUGCUGUGGUAGACGGUAUGCUCUGUUUUGCAGUACAAAAUACUUGUACAUACAUGAUUGUUAGACUGGGAGACUUGGGCAUAUAGUGUAGGAUAUAUCCCAAAAUUGUACCUUCGUUCUUUAAUUUGUCCCUUGAAGUAAUUGAUUGAAAGAGUUUUGUCU